GCUACUUGUCUUUGCCUGACUGGUCUGAACGAUGUCAAAAGUCCUCCGCGUGCCGAAGCUCGACCUUGCGGCUGUCCUCGCACAGCAGAACCCGACGAUCGAUCUCCGCCUCGACGCGUACGAGGCCUCCACCCGCAACUUCCUCGCCGCCGUCUCCAACUACACCCAGCGCGCCGUCGCGGAGAUCCAGAACCGCAAAGAUGCGUACGCCGCGGAGAAGAAGCGCUUAGCGGAGAAGGCGCUGCAGAUUGAGGCCGAGACGAAUCAGUGCAAGCUCAAGGAGAUCGAGCUUAUCAAGGUGCUGGAUAAGGAGCAGGAGGAGAGGAAAGAGGCGGAGGCGAGCGUUGCGGCGCUCCGGAGGCAGCUGAACUCGGUCAAGGACAAGUGCGCGAGCCUCGAUGUCGAGAUCGAGCAGCACCGCGUCGUCGCCGCCAACCUCCUCCGCGAGCGCAAACGCGAGCAGGCCAUCCUCAGCGCCCAUUCGGCACGCGCACAUCCGGAGGUCGCGGCGUGCGAGGCGGCGCUGAAGUGCGUCGUCGAGGGCAUCGGCCAGGACAAGAUCCUCGUCCGCUGGACGCACAUCGACCCCGCCGACCACGACCGCGAGUUCAGUAUCGUCAUCGACGUCUCGAGUCGUGUAUACAAAGUGCCGACAACAACACCGUUCCUCCCCACCCUGCCCAUCCUGCUCGACGAGCUCAACGACUCGCGCGACAUCUACGCGUUCAUUCGACACGUUCGCGCCGCCUUCCGCGAGCUCGUCGCUGGCCGAUGACCUGUCUGUUCCCGCCCCGUUUUCCGUGGACGCUGCUUGGGCUUGUUGUACUGUAUACCACCC